AUGUUCAUCACGUUUGAACGAUGGCGAGCGAUUACCUGCCCAUUGAAGAGUCCACUACAAGCGACCAGAUACAUCAUCGCCGGUACAUGGAUCGUGGCGAUGAUCAUGUCCUCACCAGAACCGUACACACUUCAGCUAAAAAGUGCCCAAUUUCGUCGGCAAAACUUCUCGUCAACAUGGGGUACUCGAUGUAUUGCUUCAUGGUCAAGUGAAACUGAACAGCAGUAUCAAAUAGUGCUGACG